AUUGAAUUCAAAAAAGAGCAAGAGCAAGAGCAAGAGCAAGAGAUCUCUCACACUCGACACUCGCUCGCCCGCCAGAAAAAGUUUUACCAAUCAAGUUUUUUAUUUCGCAAUAAAAAAGAAACAAAACUUCAACCUAGUUAAAGUUAAUGUCGUUGUCGUGGUGAACGAUUCGUGAGUGUGGUGUGCUGUGCUGUGUACAUGUGCUAGUGUGGAUCGCUGCGUCGCAGAAGAAGAAGAUGUGCAAGCAGGAAAAACAAAAGAGAAAUUGAAUAAAAUUAAAGUCCGCGUUGGAUGGCCAAUAUAGUGAGCGAAUAAAGCUUCAUGUGUUCUUAAAAAUAUGAAUAGUAGUACCACCGAGAGUUGUGUUCCCCCGCCUUCGAAGAUCACCAACUACACACACACACACACGAGACCACGAAAGCUGGGUGUUGGUGUUGAAAUCGAAAUUGAAAGUUGUUGUGGGUGAGACCAACAGCACUGCCAACGGAAUAGAACGCGUCGUCGCGUGUGUGUAUCCCUCACAUACACACUCUCGCCCACUGGAGCUGUGGCUAAAAGAGAUUGGAUUGUGAAAGGGGAAAGCUCGACUUGGUCGCACACAUGUGUACAGACCCACGCAAACACACACGCACUCGAAUCGCAUAUCAUAUCCACCGUGAACGAACUGAUCGAGGAAUUUAUCCAUUGAGUCUUAGUUUAGUGCAAGGGAUUAAACAAUUUUCGAUCAAUUGCUAAUGAAAGAGUUUCAGAGAAUGUUGAUGUUGCAAUACAGCAAGCAUGGCGAGUGCAUACUCAAGGAAAUCGGAGCAGCGUUCCGGGGAGAACACCCGGCGGACCUUACAAUCGUGUGCGAGAACAAAGUGAAGCUGCAUGCACACAAACUGGUGCUGGCCGCCGCCAGUCCCCUCAUACGAAACCUGUUAGAGGACACUCACCUGAGCGACUGCUCGACCACCGUCUACUUCCCAGACGUCAAUGCCACCUACUUUAAAUUUCUGCUGGACUUCCUGUACUCGGGACAGACGUGCAUCACCUCUCGUGACGUGAACUACCUGCACGAUCUGCUGCUGCUCCUGCAGAUCAAGUCCGAUAGCUGGAAGACCACAGACUCUGCCUAUCUGAACAGCAAGUGCGGAAGCAUACGCGAGAGAUCUCGGAAGCAGUACUCAUCCUCCCAGAACCUGGACCAGACACUCAAGUAUGAGGUCGACAGUGUGGACGAGUCCAGAAAUGCGGCAGAUUUUUCCGCGUGCUCGGCCGAGCACUGCGAGAGUGCCCCCGAGUGUGGCGGCGGGGGGGUGGCCAAGGAGGAGGACGACGAAUGCACGCACAAGGACAACAGGAGCGAAAAAGACACAGAUGAAAUCGUAAAUCUCUCUAAUGCUCCACCGAGUGGCAUCAGCAACCACAGCAACACCAACAGCAACAGCAGUAACAACAAUAACAACAACUCGGCUAUAAAUCCAGUUAACCUUUCACUAGACCUCCGGACAAAAAGCGAGAACUCGGCCCGUAGUGAUGCCAGCAGAACAAUCGGAUCGGGAUCUGAUCACAGCGGCAUCGACCUGGCUAUCAGCGCAAGCGAGAGCACAAAGCGGAAGGGACUUUUCUUCGACUCGCACAAGGAUGUGUUGAAGCCGCUGUCCGAUGGCUCGGACAUCAACAGCUCGCCGGAGAACUACGUGGUUACGCCCCAUCGAAAACGACGACCCGGCUUUCACAACACUCAAAGUGACAAUCAGCCAUUCACAUCGUAUCAGCAAAACCUGUUGGAAGAGCUGAGACUGGUGAAGUCGACGACAUCGCCCAUAUCUGGAUUUAGCUCGGAGAAGAACAUGCUCGCCCAUCUCGAGGAUGGGGCACUCAACGGCGACACCCUGACCCCGGACCGAAAGCUAAUCGAAUCGCAAAGGAACCAUGCACAGAGCCCGGAUAUACCAAUGCACUUGGGGCCCCAGUUCGUGUACCAGUGGCAGUCGAAUCAGAACGCCGCGAUUUCCGCAAUGCCCAAUCUGCAGUCGCGACUCUCUAGUCUGUCGCACAUGAACCUGGGGCUGGACCCAGAGGGUCGCAGCAGCUCCGCCUCCGGAUCGAACAUAGCCAGCAGCAACCCCCACUCGUCUUCGGUGCGAGAGUACCGGUGCGAGUACUGCGGCAAGCAGUUCGGCAUGUCCUGGAACCUCAAAACCCAUCUGCGCGUCCACACGGGCGAGAAGCCCUUUGCCUGCCGCCUCUGCGUGGCUAUGUUCAAGCAGAAGGCCCACCUCCUCAAGCACUUGUGCUCGGUCCACCGGAACAUCAUAACCACCACCAACGGCACGGACACGGAGAACCGCUACAGCUGUUGCUUCUGCUCCAUGUGCUUCGAGUCGGUGCAGGAGCUGGUCCGGCAUCUCUCCGGGCACCACAACAACCUGCUGCUGACCAAGAAUCUUCGCGAAUAACCUAACCGAUCUUUGAGUUGGCUCCACCCGCCGCCAAUCCAAUACUUGCAAAGAGACCUGAAUUUUAUAUAUAUAUAUAUUGUAUACAAACAUACGGUAAACAGUAAAAGUAACAGAUUUAAUUACUUAUUGUAUAAAUAUGUAAAAUGUACAUUUAAAUCUUAAGCUUACCAACAUUCACGUGACUACUUUACUGGAUUCACAAUAACUUCACCGACGGCAUGACGAUAUGAACGCAGCCAGAGAUGGAGAUGGGGCUGGGGCUGGCGCUGGGAAUUAGAAUCCAAGAAUCCGAGCCCGACAGAGAGAGAGGCAAAACAAGUUGUUUUUUCUCUUUUAAAUUGUAUUUGAGUUUCAAACACCCCACAGAACCCCACGUCCACUAUUCCCUAUUUUUUUAAAACGGCUGGUCCAUCAAAAUGGAACAUUAUUUUCUAAGAAUAUUUGUAUACAAACGGUAUUGUAAUUUCUAUUUUAUUUUCUACCCCGUCUUACAUGAACUCCUACCUACCUACAUACAUAUAUUUGAAUAAUUUUUAUACACUCUUUCAUGCUAAGAUUUUUACAUAUUCCCUCCUAAAAUCGCCAAUAAAAGUGUGUAAAUAGUAGUACAGUAUAAAUUCGCAAGAUCGUAAUAAAAUCAGAAAAGCA